UCCUCCUCCUCCUUUCUCGCCCCAUCCUCAUCCGCCAUCCCUCAAGGCGGCGCGGCGGGGGUAUAAAGAGGGAAGGGCGGACGGCUGUAGAAGCACUCGCGCCUCGGCAGCCUCGGCAGGAACGCCUCCUUCUUCCACGUGUGUUUCCUCGUCCUUUUUCCCCCCCGACGUCUUCGUCAUGAGCAAGAUUCUCGUCUUCGUGGUGGUGGGCGUGGUCUCGAUGGGCGUGGCCUCCGCCUUGCCCCGCCUCGUGAAGAGAGACUCCACCCCCUUCGCCUACGAGCUGCCCUCGAACGCCUCGCGGAUCGUCGGCAACAUCAACACGGGCUUCGACUGCUCCAACCUGGGCUACGGUUACUACGCCGACCAGGCCAACGGCUGCGCCAUCUUCCACAUCUGUCACCCGUACCAGGAUCCCGAAGGAAACUUCUUCACUAGGAUGUUCUCCUUCAUUUGCGGCGAAGGAACCAUCUUCGACCAGUCCACCCUCACCUGCAACUUCCCCGAGUACGCCCUGCCUUGCGAAGCCGCCUCCAGUUACUACAGCAUCAACGACUACUUCGGCAGAGAGGAUGUUCAAUUCCGCGAUGGUUCUGUUAACGGUAUAUUCUAAGAGGACUAAGCUACCCUCUCCCUUGAUCUAUUUCUCCAAGUGAGGAAAUAUGUAUAAGUUAGAGGUGUGUGUGUGAACGGCUUCUGGUAGAUUUUUUUUUCUCUUUCUUUUUCACUUAAAAACAUUCAGGAAGAGGAGGAGAAAGAGGAAGAGGAGGAGGAGGAGUAAGAGGAGGAGGAGGAGAAGAAGUGUGUGUGAACUUUUUUUUUUUUUUUAAUAUGAGAUCGUGGUAGAUUUUCUCUCUCUCUUUUUUCUUCCCUUGUCCCCUAAUAAAAUGUUUUCAUCUUUUUCACUCUGCGAAAAAAGGUGAAAACAAUGGUUUCAGAUCGUCACGCUUGGGAAUAGUUAAAUGGUUAUCAUUAUCAUUUUUUCCCCCCAUUCUUCCUUCUACUACCUUUGCACAGCGCCGCUUCUCGAAUUGUAAAUAUUAUGAUUAUGUGUAAUAAAAGCGAAAUACAUCAA